UUUCAUUAUUAGUUAUUUAUUUCGUUUAUACCGCCAUUUUGAACUGCUAGCCGCCUUUUUAUAGCUUACUUAUACUUUUGAUUUAGAUAAUAUCGAAAAAGACAUAUUUUUUGAAGUCAUUUUUUUUUCAAAAUUUGCAGCAAUUAGCAGCCAUGUCUCCCUUAAAAGCCACUUUUAUUUUCUCGUAUACGUUUUUCAUUUGAAUGGCUAGUAUUGCUAGUGAUUAUGGAAGCUCGAUAUCAGAAGAGUUGACAUUGGACCCUCCACUGGAGAUAACCAUUGAUCUCUGGACUGUAGAACCUGUCUCGAAGUAUGCUGUAAAUGAUGGUGAUGCUAAUUUGAAGCAUGAAGUGUUGAAUGAAGUGACUGAAGAUGAAGGUCUCCUGUAUUACUGCUGUUCUUCGUGGUGUCGCAGGAGAAAUAUCAGUUUGUGGGGAGAUUCAGGGGAAGCGACUGGAAAGAGUCCAGACACGCCUGGCAAACGGGAGACGAGGAAGACUCUCAGAAACUCACCUGGAGACGAGCAGUUGGCCCACAGUGCUCAUUUGUACCACUACCAAUUGAAGAAGAAACAACUGUUGGAACAAGAAGCAAACCAGUCGUUUACGGAUGAGGAAGACAAAGAACAUCUGAUGGGUGGUGGGAAUGUAGACAGUGCGGGAAGAGUAAGUAGUGGAGAUAGGAGUGACGGGGGUGCCAGUUUGAGCAGCGACAGAGGAGGAGGAUCGGCGAGUGGAAGAAGUAGCAGGAACAGUACUUUGAGAAGCUCUAGUGGACCUCGAGAGUCUGUGGCUCUGGUCAGCACAUCUGCCCACGACUCAUCGGAUGUUGCCACAGUUUACGAGUGCACUGGACUAGCUACCUCAAAUGACUUAGAAGAGAUGGUUGUGCGUAAUCCCGUAUUCCAACAUGACAUCUCCAAUGAAACACUGGAAGACGACGAUGAAGAUGACGAUGACGAAGACGUGCAAGUACCUUCUAACUUGAGUAACGACCGGACCCGAAUGAACGGGGAGCAUAGGCCAUCUCAGGAACAGUACCCCUACCCACAGCAGAACCCUAGAACAUCCUCAGCUGAGCAAAGGUCAUUGCGAUCCGCCGGUAGAAGAUAAACCCUCGCCUCAAAUCAUAUGUGCCUGAGCUAGUUAGUUUUUUUGAAGUCCAGUAGUCAUUAGAUUUGGUUGCUGUGUUGCAUGCAAGAAACUGGAUGUCUCUGUUGAAACUAUUUGCCUUUCUGGGCUGAAAUUAAAAUCGCCUGAUGGAAUGAACCAAGAGCGCAUUUAAGUUGGGAAACCCUAUUCCCUCAGUAGUACUGGGAGCCUUUCAUCCGCAUAGGGAAGCUUUGCAUGAUAACCGACCGAGGCUAAAUUUUUCUGUCCUUGCCAGGAUAUUCUCUUGAAAAAAUAUUAAGAACUAAGUUUACGGUUUUUGACGUCCGCUGCCUCCGCGCAUUCAAAUCCUAGAUUCGCCCUUGCUGUCAGGCGAGAAUAUCUAAAGCAUAUUUGAAGCUUCUUAAAUUUAAAUUCUAUCAAAUAUAUGUAUGGUGCUUUUUCAUUGUUCAGUACGUUUGAUAAUGUUGAUGAUUUCAAUAUUAUCUCUAUCAAAAGUCGAAUAACUUUACGUGGCUAAUUUCAUAAAUGAUGUCAAAUUCUAGUGAAAAAAUUAUAAUUUGAAAUUGAAAUUAUUUUAAUUUAAAAUAAACUGAAGUUUUUGUUUUAUUGACAUGCUUUGAAUACAGGAACUUAGACGCAAGCCAAAAAAGUUUUUGAUCAGUUUGACUCGAAAGCAGUUGGCAAUGAC